AUGAAGAGGCUGCAGCUCCUACGAUGGAGCAGUUCGGCUCUCACGCCGGGGGCCCGAACUGGAGGCCGCCUGCAGCAACAUCUCUAUUACGGUCUUCGACAUCAGUCGACCGCUUCUCCUGUUUCUCAGGCCGAGAGCGAUCAAUGGAUGGAUGAGCAAUCGCUGGAAGCGCCCUUCUCUCCUGUUCAAUCUCAACAAACCAAGUACCUCUUGCCUUCUCCGCCGGUCGAAGCCGCACGCGAGUCAGCAAAGCUUGCUGCGCUUCAUGCACGACUUUACCUUCCUUCACGACUACCCCUCGAGACAUUAGCACGUUCCCUUGUGGACCCGUCGGCAGACCCCAAUCCCAACUUCAAUAAUGAAUCACUGGCUACACUGGGCCAUGACCUCCUCACCCACUACACUUCCGAACACCUCAUUUGCACAUAUCCUCGGCUACCGCUCACUGUUAUCUUCGCAGCGAUGUAUGCAUAUGUUGGUCCUAAGACGCUAGCAGCGAUGGCAAGGGAAUGGGGUGUUGAAAUGGCGGCCGUACCAGGGGGAGAGGUGGAUCCCGGCUUUUUGCAGUUCAAGAGAGUCCUCCCUGGCACCGAUUUGAACGCGGGGCCUGUCUCCGGCACAGCGAGGCCUAAUGAGCACCGGGCGUCGUGGAGAAAAUCGGUUUCAUCCAGGAUUGUGUACGACAAUGAAUUUGGUGAUCCGUCCAAGGUAGUUCCCGAAGAAACUUCGAAUACCCAGGGCGUCACAGCCGAGCAGGCCAGUGCAACUUUCGUGCGGGCUGUGAUGGGAUCUAUCUAUUUGCAUGCGGGCAGACCCGCGGCCAAGCGUUUCUUUGAGCAGCAUUUCCUCUCGCGACACCUGAGUAUCUCCGAACUGUUUAGUUUCUCCCAGCCAGCUCGCGACCUUUCUCGGUUGUGUGCACGGGAGAAUUUCGAGCCGCCUGUUGCGAAAAUCAUCAGCGAAACUGGCCGUAAGAGCAGACAUCCCGUCUUUGUCGUCGGUAUCUAUUCUGGUCAGGAUAAAUUAGGCGAGGGCGCUGGCGCCAGUCUACUUGAGGCUCGCUCCAGGGCUGCCGUCGCUGCCCUCAAGGGGUGGUAUUUGUAUAGCCCUUUGAACGUGCGUGUCCCUAGUUCCAUGGAAGAAGAGGGUGCCGCGCCUUGGAAAGCUGUCCACGUCGACCUGGGCGAGGUUAUUGUCUAG